CGGGGCGCGCCACACCCCGGCGGCCCGGCGGUGGCAAAAAUGCCGGCCUCUGUUGCGCGGCCCCGCCCGCGCCCGGGGCCGUCCCCGGCCUCGCCCUUACCCCUGCUGCUGCUGCUGCUCCUGGAGGUGCUAAGCGGCCCGGUGUGUGGCCGCGUCCCCGCUUCAGUGCCCAGGAUCUCGCUUCCUAUCUCCGAGGCUGACUCCUAUCUCACCCGGUUCACCAUCCCUCAGACGUAUAAUUACUCCGUUCUCCUUGUGGAUCCUGCUUCCCAUAUGCUUUAUGUUGGCGCCCGGGACACCAUCUUCGCUUUAUCCCUGCCCUUUUCAGGGGAGAGACCUCGCAGGAUUGACUGGAUGGUGCCUGAGACCCACAGACAGAACUGUAAGAAGAAAGGCAAGAAGGAGGAAGAAUGUCACAAUUUUGUCCAGAUUCUCGCCAUUGCCAAUGCCUCUCACCUCCUCAUUUGUGGCACCUUCGCUUUUGAUCCGAAGUGCGGGGUUAUUGAUGUGUCCAGUUUCCAGCAGGUUGAAAGACCUGAGAGUGGCCGGGGGAAAUGUCCUUUUGAGCCAGCUCAGCGGUCAGCAGCUGUAAUGGCUGGGGGCAUCCUCUACGUUGCCACUGUGAAAAACUACCUGGGGACGGAGCCGAUUAUCUCCCGGGCUGUGGGUCGUGCUGAGGACUGGAUUCGGACAGAGACCUCGCCAUCCUGGCUUAACGCCCCAGCCUUUGUUGCAGCAGUGGCUUUGAGCCCAGCCGAGUGGGGGGAUGAAGACGGAGACGAUGAAAUCUACUUCUUCUUUACGGAGAUGUCCCAAGCUUUUGAUUCAUACGAACGUGUUAAGGUCCCGAGGGUGGCCCGUGUGUGUGCGGGGGACCUUGGGGGCCGGAAGACCCUCCAGCAGAGGUGGACGACCUUUCUGAAGGCUGACCUGCUGUGUCCAGGGCCUGAGCAUGGUCGGGCCUCCAGCGUCCUGCAGGACAUGGUCAUUCUUCGACCUGAGCAUGGAGCGGGGAUGCCCAUCUUUUAUGGCAUCUUUGCUUCCCAGUGGGAAGGGGCUGCCAUCUCUGCUGUCUGUUCCUUCCGACCACAAGACAUUCGGACAGUGCUGAAUGGUCCCUUCAGAGAGCUUAAACAUGACUGCAACAGGGGCCUGCCUGUCAUGGACAAUGAUGUACCCCAGCCCAGACCUGGAGAGUGCAUCACCAACAACAUGAAGCUCCAACAGUUUGGCUCGUCGCUCUUCCUGCCUGACCGUGUGCUCACCUUCAUCCGGGACCACCCACUCAUGGACAGGCCAGUGUUUCCAGCUGAUGGCCACUCCCUGCUGGUCACUACAGAUACAACCUACCUCAGAGUCAUGGCCCACAGGGUGCCCAGUCUCUCAGGGAAAGAGUAUGAUGUGCUCUAUCUGGGGACAGAGGAUGGACACCUCCACCGAGCAGUGCAGAUUGGAGCCCAGCUCAGUGUUCUUGAGGAUCUGGCCCUAUUCCCAGAGCCACAGCCAGUUGAGACUAUGAAAUUGUAUCAAAGCUGGCUCCUGGUUGGCUCCCGUACUGAGGUGACACAAGUGAACACAACCAACUGUGGCCGUCUACAGAGCUGCUCAGAGUGCAUUCUGGCCCGAGACCCUGUCUGUGCCUGGAGUGUUCGGCUAGCUGCGUGUGUGGCCCACACUGGAGAGCAUGAAGGGCUGGUUCAAGACAUAGAGUCAGCGGAUGUCUCUUCUUUGUGUCCUAAAGAGCCUGGAGAACACCCAGUGGUGUUUGAAGUUCCUGUGGCUACAGCUGCACAUGUGGUCUUACCAUGUUCCCCGAGCUCGGCCUGGGCAUCCUGUGUGUGGCACCAGCCCAGCGGAGUGACUGCACUCACCCCCCGGCGGGAUGGGCUAGAAGUGGUGAUAUCCCCAGGGGCCAUGGGUGCUUAUGCCUGUGAAUGUCAGGAAGGUGGGGCAGCUCGUGUGGUAGCUGCUUAUAGCUUGGUAUGGGGCAGCCAGCGCGGUGCUCCAAGCCGGACUCACAUAGUGGGGGCUGGACUGGCAGGCUUCUUCCUGGGAAUUUUUGCAGCAUCCCUGACUCUCCUCCUGAUUGGUCGGCGUCAGCAGCGACAACGACAGAGGGAACUUCUGGCUAGAGACAAGGUGGGCUUGGACCUGGGAGUCCUACCAUCUGGGACCACAAGCUACAGCCAGGACCCUCCCUCUCCCUCUCCUGAAGAUGAGCGGCUGCCCCUGGCCCUGGCCAAGAGGGGCAGUGGCUUUGGUGGCUUCCCUCCAGCCUUUCUGCUUGAUCCUUGCCCACGCCCACCCCACAUUCGGUUAACUGGGGCUCCUCUAGCUACGUGUGAUGAAACAUCCAUCUAG